AUGGCCAUGUACUGGUUAAUGAAAGAGGAAUUGCCAAAUAAGAAAUUUACAAGCCUYUUAAGUCUUCUUGAGAGUGUUGGAGUUGAAGAUAUAAAAUAUUUUCAACAUCGUUCAGCAGGUUCAAUAAGAGAGAUGUUUCUCCUGUUAGGCGGUGUAGUUAAAGCUCGGCUAAUCAAAGAUGUAUCCAGAGCCAGCUGUUAUGGCCUAUUGGCAGAUGAAGUUUGUGAUGUUGCUAACAAAGAACAGUUAGUGACUUUUAUCAAAUUUGUCCACCCUGAUACCGGUAAAGCCAACACAGUUUUUCUCUCAGCAAGCGACAUUUUGGAGAACUCCACCACAGGGUCACCUGAUGCCAUAAGAAUAAAAGAUGCAAUUGUAGCACAGAUAGAAACUGCUGAGAUAGAGAAGCACAAGCUKGCUAGUUUUGGAAGUGAUGGAGUGUCUGUGAUGACAGGCAAAAGAAAUGGUGUUGCUGCAAGACUGCGUGCCGAGAUAAAGCUGAUUAAUGUGCAUUGUAUUUGCCAUCGGUUGGCACUUGCUUGUGCAAGUGCUAAUGACGCCAUUGCCUAUUUGAAGCAAGUUGAACGARUUCUGCUGCAGCUUUGGUCGUUCUUUGAUAACUUGGAAAAGAACUUUGAAAAGUUCAGCCUAUGCAAAGUCUGUGAUAGCCAUCAAUGA